CACCAAUCCUCGUUUUUCCUUUGAUUUUUUUAUCAUGUUUCGAUUCGAUCCGAUUCUAGACCGAAUCAACCAAUGCCGACCUCUAACCAGACCAACACAAUAUAAAAAAGAUCAUAAUGAAGUUAGGACAUCUUGUUGGGUAGUUCCCUACAUUUAUUGCACCCAUCCAAAAUAAAACCCAAUACAAGCUUUACCCUUAUAGCCUCUCUCUACACAAAGCACAAUACAUUUCCCACAUCCCAAAAAAAACAAGAUUCAAACUUUCUCCUCCCAAUACACUCCCUUCCCUUCCACAAUGUUCCGACAUCUCCCCGCCGCCGCCGCGGCGUUCCUCGUAAUCAUCUCCGCCGUCUCGGCCCAGACCAUGUCCCCCGGCCCAGCUCCCUACUACAGCCCCACCGCCCCCUCGAUGUCUCCACCGUCAUCAAGCGGUGGCGGAGGAGUAGCUCCGGCUCCUGCCGUGGACUGCAUGACGCAGCUGUUCAACCUGUCGGACUGCCUGUCGUACGUGACAACCGGGAGCAACCUGACCAAACCGGACAAACCGUGCUGCCCGGAGCUGGCCGGUCUGGUCGACAGCAACCCGAUCUGCCUCUGCACGCUGCUCACCCUCAACGCCUCCGACUACGGGUUCGACAUCGACAGGACGAGAGCCUUCGGGCUGCCUUCCGUCUGCUCCGUCUCCACUCCUCCCGUUAGCCUCUGUCCAGCAAUGGGUCCAAAAUGGCAGCUGGCUAGGUGGCUAGGGGAUGGGUGGACUUGGCGGAAGCCCGAUGGGGGCGCCAUUGCCGAGCCAGGGAGGAGGAGGAGGAGGAGCCACCGCGGACUCACCUGCCGGAGGACCGAUGAUGGGACCUUCGCCGUCGAGCGGCGAGAACGGCGGCACGGGAACUGGACCGUCAGGCCAUGGCUCACCAACAGCCAGUCCCGGACUUUCCACACAUUUACUAUUCACCACCACAACUUUGUUCCUCCUACUUUCCACGUCCUUCUUCCACAGCAACUGAUGAUGAUGACCUUUCGGCUCCAACCCGCCUAGUGGUUGGUGAAGUUCCCAUUGACCCCAAGUCGUCGUCUUCUAUUUUCCACCACGUACCCAAACUUUCCACGAGUUUACUUUUGGCUCCAUUACUCUUACGAUUUGAUCAUUUGUAUCAUUAUUAUAUUGUGAUCCUCUUUCAUCGUGACAUAUGUUGGUUUCUCUCCAUCAAUAAUUCUUCUAGGAAAGUUCUCAUGAUUCAAUCCCUAUGUGACUUUUCUUUUCCAUUACAUGAACUCUCAUCAAAUGUGUUCUUUUGUUAUUGGAAAUCGACCGAAC